AUGUUGAAGAUAUACCUGUUGAGCUUCAAUGGAAUAAUAGAUUUGCAGCCACAAGAUAUCUUAAAAGACUCAUUCAAAGCAUCGCCUUUAAUUUUUUUCGCUGAACUUCCUGCAUCAUUUUCAAAAAUUAAAAAUAUAGCUGCGAAAUACUUCAGUAUGUUUGGAUCAACUUACGUAUGUGAACAGGCCUUUUCUCAUAUGAAAAAAAUUAAAAACCCAUACCGUUCACUCUUAACUGAUGAUCAUCUCCACCAUGUACUUAGAGCCAGCACAAGUAAUUUUAAUGUGGAAAUUGAAAAAAUAAUAAACAAUAUCCAACAACAAAAAUCACAUUAA